AUGCUUGCGCAACUCGUCCUAUUUGCUGUCAUUAUCGUGAUUGUGGCAGUCUUCUCUGUUGGUAUUGGUAUUCUAAUUGGUCAUUUUGCUAUAACUAAAAUACCAACAGAUAUUUCUCGGAAAUAUAAUUAUAUCACUCGGCAGGAGAAUCAACAGAAUUAUCAAACAUUUAUUAAUUCUAUUCAAGCAGCUAAUAUUGAAGCAUAUCUUAAAGAUCUGGCAUCACGUCCUCAUAUAGCUGGUCUACCUGAAGAUUUAGAAAGUGCUCAAGUCAUUGAACAACGAUGGAUAAAUGAUGGUUUACAAGUGACUAAACCAAAAUAUAAUGUUCUUCUUUCUUAUCCUGAUGAUAAUAAUCCUAAUCGAGUUACUCUCACAAUUGGUAAUGGAAUUGUUAUUAUUGAAACGAAUGGAACUGAAAAAACAUAUGAUCCUACACAACCAAAAACAGUCAAUCCAUUUCUUGCCUAUACACCUAAUGGAACUGUUUCUAGUACAAAACUAUUCUAUGCUAAUUAUGGUCGACUUGAAGAUCUCCAACAUUUAGCAUCUGUCGUUGGAAAUGCAAGUCUUCAAGGUAGUAUCAUCAUUAUGAGAUAUGGUCUUAUCUAUCGUGGCAAUAAAAUCAUGUAUGCUCAAUAUUUUGGAGCUGUUGGUGCUAUAUUAUAUAAUGAUCCAGCUGAUUAUGCUCCAUUUGGAACAACACCUGAUCAAGUCUAUGAUCAAAAAUGGUAUAUGCCUCCAAGCGGUGCACAACGAGGAUCAGCGUAUACUUCGAAUGGUGAUCCUUUGACACCUAUAUAUCCAUCGACCGACUACAUGUAUCGACUAAAAGAGGAAAAUGUGAAAUUUCUACCGAAAAUUCCUGCACAACCAAUCAAUUACAACGAAGCUCAAAUACUUCUUCAAUAUUUGCAAGGUAGGGAAGUACCAGCAGAAUGGCGUGGAGCUUUACCUAAUGCAACAUAUCGUUAUGGUGAAGAAUUUACUUAUCCAGCAGAUUCUUGGAGUUUAGGUGCUAUUGAUUCAACAAGUGGAACAGCUACUCUGCUAGAAAUAACUCGAGCUAUUGGUCAAAUGUAUAAAAAUGGAUUUCGACCAAGACGUAGUUUAAUGUUUUGUUCAUGGGGUGCUGAAGAAUAUGGACUUAUAGGCUCAGUAGAAUAUGUUGAGAUUUCAAGUGCAUAUGAUCCUCCUGGUCAAACUAUUUAUGAUAAAUGGAUGAGAGUUCAUCGUAAUAAUAUAACUAAUGAACCAAAGUACUUAUAUGGUUUAGGAUUAGCAGAUAGUGAUCAUUAUGCAUUUGAUCAGUUAGUUGGUUCAUCAAAUUUCGAUGCAGCAUAUCAAUUUAAUCCAAUUGAUCAUAGAAAUAUUAGUAUGUAUCCACUUUAUCAUACGUCCUAUGAAACAUUUUCUAUGAUGAAAAAGUUUAUUGAUCCAGAUUUUACAGCUCAUAGAACGAUGGGUCAAUUCGUAGGUGUUUUAGCAUUAAUUCUUUCCGAAACACAUAUUUUACCAUUUAAUGUUACACGAUAUACGAUAGCAAUUAAACAAUCAAUGAAGAACAUUCAACAGAAUGAUACACAAUUUCUAACACUUCGAAAUGCUAUUAGUGACUUCGAAAAAGCAGCACAAGAUUUUGUAAAUCGUUCUAAAUCAUUAAACACAGAAAAUUUAUAUCAAGUUCGAGCAUAUAAUGAUCAAUUGUUACAACUUGAACGAGCCUUUCUAAAUCCAUUAGGACAAGGUCCAGAUUAUACUGAUUUGAAACAUAUAAUUUAUGCACCAGCUAAAGGGGCUCAAUAUGAUGAUUCUGGUUUGCCAACUAUUAGUGAUGCAGCUGCUAGUGGUAAUCAAACAGUAAUUAAUCAAGAAAUAGCAAUUGUUGUUUAUUAUAUACGUGGAGCUAUAUCAACAUUAAAACAAUUUGAUAAAUUUAUCUCAUAA